CAAAUUUGAAGAUUUGAACCCUUAACAGGGGAACCAAUCACACCAAUCUCAAAAUCCAUAAGAGAAGAGACCACGUGGCAUGACGUGAAAAGUACACUGAAAUAAGUUGGACGUGGAAAAAAAAAGAAAAAAGGGCCUUUACAGACAUACAAACAUACAUACAGUGGCACAGUGGGCAGUGGAGGAAAAUUUACAAAUUUCACAGGUGAGGAUGCCAUAACUCAGGUCCCUGUGGCACUGGAGUCUGAGCCUCUCUCAGGCCUUAAAAUCUUUGCGGUGUCUCAUCUUCUCCAAUAUUUAAUGCUCUCACCACAAACAUCCAUUUUUCUCUUCUUCUCUUCAUUACUGACACAUUUUACUGUUUCAGAGCUGCCUUAAUCCUUUUACUGCAAUUUUUUUUGGACCAUUAGCGGCCAUUUUUUAUUUUAUUUUAUUUAGUUUUUAUUCUUUUGGCCCUUUUGAGUUCUUUUUUGGCAUUUUUCUUUUGAACCCUAAUGUCAUAUCUUACACAUUCCUCAGCUCUCCUCUUCUUUUCCUUUAUCUGUUGCUUGUGAAAGUUCCAAAAAUUAAAAACCCAUUAAACAGAUAGUUUAAUACUUGAAGCUAAAGAAUGGGGCUUUGUUUAUUAUGUGGAUGCUGAGUGAGUGACUGAUGAGAUUUAUUUAUAUGGUUUUAAAAUUUUUGUCUUUUGGUCAUUUAAAGAUUACCCAUUUGCUGUAAAUUGUUUUUCUGGACACUCCCAUUAUGCUUUCUGGGUCUAAACAGAUGGGAUUUCUUUGAUUCUCUUUUUGUACGAAAGAAAAAAGAACAAGCUUUUUGUGGUCUUCUACAUUUUGAAGGAUUUCAGGAAAAAAAAAAAUCGUUUCUGUGCCUCCACAAUUCUUGAGAUUUGGUUAAUACUGGAAUUGAAUUAUUUGAUUUACCGAGCUGAAUGUUCAAUAUGAGAUAAUGGAGGGUGAGAGAAAGCGUUCAAAGGGAAGCUUUUUUCACUUGUUUGAUUGGAAUGGAAAGUCUCGUAAGAAGCUGUUCCUGAACAACUCUGAAUUACCUGUUGCAAUUCUUGUAAUUCGAAAAGCAGAAUUAGCGCAAGGACAAGAAAAUGUUGAAAGUAUAGCCAGAUCACAACAUCAUGCGUUAGAGGUGGAUGAUAGAAGAGUAAAUUCAAGUAACAAGGCUAGUAGUGACUUUAGUUGUACUUCAUCAGUAACUAGUGAUGAAGGAUAUGGAAGUAGAGCACCUGGGGUGGUCGCUAGACUUAUGGGCUUGGAUUCUUUGCCAACAUCAAAUGCUGCUGAGUCAUCUUCUACUCCAUUACUUAAUGCCUCCUCGCUUAGGGUUUCUCAAUAUGAUAGGAGUACCCCUAAUUUAUGGAGUGAGUAUAAGCCCAUGGAGUAUCUUAAUAUUUCCAGUAACCUGGAGGGAUAUUCUCGGAAUUCCUUGGAAUCAAGGUCACAAAAGGUGCAAAACCGGCCAAUUGAGAGAUUUCAAACUGAGAUGUUGCCUCCAAAAUCAGCUAAAUCAAUUGCACUUACCCACCAUAAGCUGUUGUCUCCAAUCAAAAAUCCUGGAUUUAUCCCAACAAAGAAUGCAACUUACAUAAUGGAGGCAGCUGCGAAGAUAAUUGAGGCAAGUCCUAAGGCAACUGUAAAUGGUAAAAUGCCAUCAAUUGGGUCCACCUCAGUUCCCUUAAGGAUUCGGGAUUUGAAACGGAAAAUGGAAGCAGCACAUACAGCAUCUAGGCCUCAGAGAUCAAAUGACUUUUUUGCUGCCAAGAAUACUAAAGGACAGCUUUGUGACAGGAGUGCAAGAGGAUCAGAAGGCAUUUCCUCAUGCAAGAUUUCUACUUUUUCUGAAAAAGACACUUCUGAAAGUGUAAGAAAUAAGGGAAAAUUAGUGUCACCUUCAGUACAAGUGAGGUCCAAUGUUCAAAGAAGAGAGGGAGUAACAUCAAGAAAUAGCAACAUUAAGAAGCAGAAGGAGCAGAAGGAGAUUAGAUCUAACCAGUCUCCUAAGAGCCAGUCUAGUAGCCAAAAGACCAAGAAAACUUCUGAAAACAGGACUACUAAUGUGCUUAGGCAGAACAACCAGAAGCAAAAUUCUUCAUCUGGUAAAGAGAGUACAAAUUUGAAGAAUUCUUUUUCUAACCAGGCAGGCAAAAGAGUGCAAACCAUGAGUAGCUCUGUUGGGCAAAGUAGGACGACAAAUAAAGUGGUCUUAAAGCCUGAAACGUCCAGAAAGAUGCACUUAGUGGUGACAGAUACUGAAAAGGAGAAACCAAAUAACAUCUCUUUGAAGAAGAGGCCUGUCAAUGGUGAGCCUCAAAUUGGGAGAGGUGUUUCUGAUAAUGAAUCACUUAAUAGAGUUGAGAGGUCCAUAAAAUGCAACCUGGCAGUAGAUGGAUGCAUGAACACGGCUGUAGAUAACAGGAAAAAUGGUAUGGAUGUAGUUUCAUUUACAUUCACAUCCCCUGUUAAGAAGGCCACACCUGAUCCACAGCCCUCUGUGAUGGAAAAAAGUAAGAGCUCUGUGAUUGAUUUGUUUGGCAGUAAUGGUCAUCCUUACUUCAAUAAGUCCACAUCUUUUCCUGGGUUAAAUAUAAUUGGUGGUGAUGCUUUGGGUGUUCUGUUGGAACAAAAGCUGCGCGAAUUAGCAAAUAAAGUUGAGUCAUCCCAAAGUAACACGAACAGAGACGAGAAAUGUGCUAGUUCUACAUCCAUUUUACAGAAUUCUAUGUCCAUAUGCCAUGUGAUUAGCACCAUCCCUGCAGCGCAGGAUAGGAGGUCUCAACUUAUAGAAAAUGACAAGUCAGACUAUCUAGAUGAAUUUGAUUGCUUCACUGUUGAGGAUUCAAGGCUUAAUGAGAACCUAAAGUGGCAGGGAUCAAAAGAAAUAGAAGAGUACAGCAGCAGCAGCAACUUCAGCGAAGCUGAAAAGGACCGAUGUCAACAUCUUAGUCCCGUUUCAAUCCUUGAACCUUCUUUUGGGAGUGGAAGUUGCUCAAAUACCAAUGUUGAAUCCGACGAUGUACUCAAUGGUUUCUUUACAAACGAGUCCUUGGAAGUGGAAGGAGAGACAGAAUUAUCAGACUCAGCAUCAUCAAUAUCUACAGUAGAAGUGGGAAGAAAGCACAUAGCUAAAAUGUUCACCAAGCCACAGUUUAAGGAAUCAAGUGAAUGGGAACUAGAUUAUGUGAGGGAUGUACUUGACAAUGCAGAGCUAAUGUUGAAAGAGUUCAGAUUGGACAUUCCGAGGGUCAUAAAUCCACUUCUUUUUCAUCAGUUAGAGGAUCAAGAGAAUGGAAGGAAAAUAAAUGAAGAGAUGUCCAAGCUUGAGCGAAAGGUUUUGUUUGAUUGUGUUAGUGAAUGCAUAGAGCUCAUGUGUGGACAGACUUUUGUUGGCAGCUACAAGUCGUGGGCUAAAACAGGGACAUUAUUUCAAAGAAAGGGUUGGUUGGCAGAGGAAUUGUACAAAGAGAUAUUGGGUUGGAAAUGCAUGGGAAGCUUGAUGGUGGACGAGCUUGUAGACAAGGACAUGAGCUCCGGGUAUGGGAGAUGGCUCAACUUUAACAUAGAGGCCUUCGAACAAGGCAUAGAGAUUGAAAAAGAUAUUCUAACUUGUCUAGUUGAUGAACUGGUUUCUGAUUUAUUUAUCUUGUAAAGCCCUUUAAAAGAAAACAUCUUCUCUUCUUCCUUUUCAUUUUACCAUUCGCUUCUCUGGAAGCUGUUGACCCUGUAUUCUUUUGUUUUCAUGUAGGAAAGAUGUAUGAAUUAUGAUCAUCUACCAAAUCCAUAAUUAUCUUGUCCAUUAGUGUCCAAUAA